GGCAGGGGACAUGGGCUGGAACUAAUUCAGAGACACUCUCAAAAUGCGCGUCACGUUACUUCUGCUCUGUUACGUUUAUGCUUUGAAAGGCCAGGUUGUCCAGUAUCCAGGGUGGGUGAACGUGGAGGAUGGUGGUACCGUCAGGUUACUGUGCCGUACGGAAACAUCUGGUAUACUUUGCAACAACUUUGUUUGGACGAAAAUAGACCCCAGGACCAAGAAGCUUAUUACCAUGAUAAAUGAUACCAACGAUACUUGCGUCAAUGACGGACAAACGACUGAAUUGUUUAAGGUUAUUAAAAACGCAAACGUUAAUGACUCCGGGACUUACUACUGCUCAGUGGAAUUUCAAAAGAUGCUAUUCGUCGGCAACGGGUCAAUUGUAAUAGUGACACAAGCAAAGAGAACCGAGCCCCCUCCGGUCGACAUUCUCUGGCCGCGUAGCGCCCAACCCCGUAUCCCUCUCCUGUGUGUGGUCUCCGGAGUCGUCCCGUCUGAAGUUCGCGUGUUCUGGGUCAUAGACGGGGAAGAGGACAGCGGGUUUACCGAGUCGUUUUGGACAAAAGACGGCGGGGAGGUGGUAGAGUCCACCCAAAACCGGGUUCUGGUUCCUGCGGAGGAGUGGGAGAGAGGAGUCGUGUGCACGUGCGUUGUGGAGUAUGCCGGGAAGAACUUUUCAAAAAGCGUCCAAAAUGGAGGGAACCCUGACGCAUGCGCGGUGCUCCUCUACGGAGCUCUCGCUGGAGCGGCCCUCACCGUCAUCGUGGCGAUCUGCAUCUCUGUCUCCUUACAUCGCGGUCGUUCUGUGAGAAGCGAUGGAGACUCACGGGAACAGAGAAGAACCACGAACUUGGAGCCCAGACACCGUUCUGGGAAGCAACGAAGGGGAUCGCCGAUUGAUCAGACUAUGUCGGAGGUGCAGUACGCCAGUUUGGAAGAAGCAAGUUUAGCUAGACGGACACACAGGCCUACUGUGUUGCACUGAAUAAGUAAAAUGUUCGGGCCAGUUUGUUUGGCGUUGCAAAAUAGAGACCUAGCCUCUUUUUUUUCUAGUUCCAAAUGAAUUCUGCCAUCUGAUCUUGUGAUUUGAAACCCCUCAUAAUGCUAUUGCUUUGGGCUUGUUACCAUAUUUAAUCAAGCUUAAUUCAAAUGCGAAAUGACAAAUAAUGGUUAUUGGUAUCCCUUGAUGUGUAAGGUCUGUACAUCAUACUCCUGUCUACUUUCUCAGUGAGUAGCAGCGCCCUCUCUGUUUUUAACAAGUACUGCAGCUCUUUUAAAGAUUUAGCUCCAGGACCGCAGAACAAUUACUCUGAAUUCUAAAAUGAUUUAUUUUUACAAAUUAAGGUGACUGCAGUGGAUAGUAGUAUGGCAUCUAUCUACGCUAAGCUUUUCACGAGAGAUUCUGAAAAUAAGUGUCUAACACAACACAAUGUUUGCCUCAGCCUCCCGCACAGAACUAUCUGCCGAACGUACCGUGAUUCCUUUUUUUUGGACAGAGUUUCUUGUCUUUUUCUGUAGUACAUCAAUAAUCUGAAAUGAAAAUCGCUUUUAUAGUCCUCCAUAGUGUACCCGGGCCCAACAGGAUCAGGCAAAGACAGGCACACACAAACGUACGGCAAAUGGUUGUAGUGUUUGUGUGUUUUAAUUAGCCUGUAUGUAUAACGGUAUUAAGGUGCCAAUGCAGUCUGCCGCUGGCAGUCGUUAGUAUCAUUCCAUGCCUUUGUCUCACUUUAAUUGUUUCUGGAUUAUGCUGAUUAUUCUGUGAUGUUUUCAUGUUAACUGUGCGUGUUUCAAUUAUGGAUGAUUGUACAUCUAUAUUGAGAUACAUUUAACUGUCAUGUUACAAGUGUAUUCACACAUGUAAAAAUUGUUUUCAAAGUAAUAUUCCUGUUGUGAUAUGGGUUAUGUCUUCACGUGUGUUGCACAGCGACGUUACUGUAAACCCAGGUGUUAAUUUGUCUGAAGAAGCGAGCUGACUCAGACACGAUUGAGACGGGCCGUGGCAGCCUUGUCUGUUUGAAGUCCGUGGAUCAUCAGUGAACUCUGUCAGCAGUAUCAGCUGUCCUUGUGGUCUCAGUCUGUUCUUUUUAGCACUCACUGAAUGGAGACCAAAAGUCAACAGAGCGAACGUCUAUCUGCAUUUUUACGUUAAUAUUGCAUUUGCAUUGUCUUGUGCUAUUCUGCUGAGUGGGUCGGAACGGAGCCGAUGAUGCACGCGCAUCCUUUAUUUUUACCUUAUACACCGAUGAGCCACAACAUUAAAACCUCCUGCUUAAACCAGUUAUUUCAUGAUUAAAAAUGCUUUAAACUGUUUAAACCUGUCUAUAAACACUUAAUUAUGUGACGUGUACUUAUAUAAGCAGAUAAUCACAAGUGAAUUGCAUUCAAAAAUAACAUUUUAAAAUGAAAAUGGAAAUCUUGUAAGGUGGUUUGGGUGCAUUGUUUUAUUUUAAUAUCUUGGUAAGUAAUGGUGUUUAUGAUCACCAGGACAUGUACAAUUUUUAACAUGAAAAAUAAAUAAAGACCACCUGCCAUAUUUCAAAA